AUGCACACGUUUUCUAAACAGCUCGGCAUAUUCGUUUUUGUGCUUACGGUAAUCGUGAGUUAUGUACAGGCACAAGGAUAUUAUACAAUAGCAGCACCCGGCUCUAUACGGCCCAACUCUAAAUACACCACACAUGUGAGUGUAUCAGAUGUGCUGAUGAAUGCGAAAAUCAGAAUCACUCUAAAAGGACCACAAAAUUACAUAGAGUUUACAGAAAUCGAUGUGCCGUCGAACUCUGUGCGCAGUGUAACAUUUGAAUUGGCCAAUAUUGCAGCGGGCACAUACACUUUAGAAGCCAAGGGGUUGUCGGGAAUUCUCUUCGAAAAUGCAACGAAUUUGGAAUUUGUAGACAAUUUGCCGCGGGUAUACUUGCAAACUGAUAAGGCAAUGUAUAAACAUGGAGAGACGAUACAGUUCCGUGUAAUAUUCUUAGAUCAGUAUUUAUUACCGGCGAAGGUCAACCAACCCCUGUCUGUGCUAAUUAAGGAUUCUGAGAAUAAUCGCAUUCAGCGUUUUAGUGAUAUUGUACUCAAUACUGGCGUCUUCAAGGGAAAACUAAAAUUAGCUGAGUCUGUCGUCUCGGGUAUGUGGUCUAUGGAGGUUUUUCAAGGAGAUAUCAAGUUGGCAGAAAAAAUUUUUGAAGUUAAAGAAUAUGAGCUGCCCUUAUUUGAGGUGGAAUUGGAUGCACCCAGUCAUGUGUCUUUUAAUCAGGAAGCAUUUCUUGUAACAGUACGGGCGCACUACACUUUUGGCAAACCUAUAUCGGGAAACUGUCUAUUAAAGAUCAUCUCAAAGGGAGAGCGACCUCCCAUCGAACGAGAAUUGCCACUGAUUGAUGGAAAAAAAGAACUGUCUCUUCAACUAAGUGAAUUUGGCAAGAAAAUUCAGAGGAUCCAAAUAUAUGCCACCAUACAAGAUACUGUCACCUUAACCCAGCGUACAGUUUCGAAAACAGUUAGUAUUUUGGCCAAACGUUAUUUAAUCGACACACCGUCAAUGGCGCACGAAUGUGAUGGGCCAAGCGACACAUUCACCUAUCGUGCGCGCCUUACACACCUCAAUGCAACGCCGGUUGAUGUCGAUGAAGAAAUUUAUGUGAAACUCGAUGUGGACGUGAAUGAAGAAGAACCUUCGAAAAUUGUUAGUUAUGCCGAUGAAAAUGGUGAUGUUGAAGCGGAAAUUACGUGUUCAAACUACACUAAUGUCAAUAUAACAAUUGAAUAUAAUGGAGAAACAUCGUUGGGGGAAAUUAAGCUCUCUCAACGAAGUAACGGCAGUCAAGGUGGAGUCUACGUCAGAACGCAAAAUCCAACGGUGGGUAGCCCUAUGGAAAUACGUCUGGUGGCGCAUGAGUCAUUUUCUAGCUUUGUUUGUGUGAUUGUUGGACGUGGCAAUAUCGUUUAUAAUAAUGUCAUACAAGUGCCCAGUGGCGGCAGCACCCAAACGCACCAAUUCUCUAUUACACCAACAUAUGAAAUGAUGCCAAAAGCGCAUAUUUUUGCUUAUUUUUUCAAAAAUGGCAAAAUGUUCUACUACGAGACAACAUUUUCGGUAGAAAAACAAUUUGAAAAUAGUAUUUCCAUUGACACACCUGAUACCGUUAAACCUGGUAGUAUUAUUUCUAUAACUGUGGAUACCGAUCCUAACUCAUAUGUUGGCUUGCUUGGCAUGGAUAAGAGUGUUUUAUUGCUUAGGUCUG